UAUGCGAGCUGGCCACUAAUUGUCUAUGCCACAUAUUAUUUGGGCAGUUAAUAAAAGUACGUUAAACACAUCACAUCGCGUUUAUGACAUUUUAAAUUAGCGCAGAGAAUACCAUUCCACGCUAAUUUUACGAAGGUGAAAUGAUUGUGUUACGGAUUUUCACUGGAUAGGAUAUUUACGAGCAUAAGGCCCUUGUUAGAUAUUGCAUAGUAUCUGUGGUGUUUGACAUGCAAAUGGUAGAGAGUAAUGAUAUAUAUUCACAUUAUGACAAAAAUUGCCGUCACCCGUGUUUUUCCAACAAAUUUUACUAUCUACCUAACUUAGAAUGCGAAAGUUUGAGACUAUGUUUCGGUUAUUGUUCGAUUUGGUAUAAGGAAAACCUAAUACAGAAUUAAUAAAUUAACUAGUUAAUUCAGAAUUAGGCCUUUUAUAGAGGCUACUUUUUAUUACGAAGAAGGAAUCAGUGAGAUAUCUCAGAAAACCUUUUUUAGGCAAGCAGAGCCGUGAACACAAACUAAUAGAGAAAUAAAUUUGUUUUAUAACAAACAUCCUGUAGAUACUCUAUCAAGUUAUCAAGCAAUUAAAUUAUCUUAAGUACAUACUCAAUCAUUUAUUGAAUUAAUCAAUUAAAUCAAUGCACGGUAGUUAAUCGUUCUAGGUGCAAAAGAAAGGUUAAAAAAAGGUGAAUUAUAGUCGACUAUUUGCAGUAUACCUAUCCGGUGACAAGCUAUCGGGCUUGAUACAGCUGUGCAUAUUUGGCAAUCAGUUAAUAUUUAUCAACAGUUAUGUUGGUUCUGAUAGUACAAUAGUGUUUUCAGUGUUUAGAACGGAAGCUACGAUAGAUCUUAUGGUAAAAAGAUCUAAGGAUCAUAGAAUAACUGGUAUAUAGUCGCUCUGCUUGCCUUUAAGCGUGAUCUUCAAUCGAUAGAAUAAUGUGUAAAAAGCACAUCCUAUUAUGUGUUCUUAUCGCUAUUUGCGUGGGGAAAGGGGUUGGUCAAAUGGCGACAUAUGACGUGAAAUUGGCAAACCUUCUCUUAAUGCAACGCGGUCUGGGAUGGCCUCACCAGUUAAACGUAGUUGUUGGUCAUGAGGCACUGUUGAAGUUACAGUUAGACGACACUCUGGUCAACCAACGGUCAUGUGUGUUGACAACACCUACAGGACUUACUUUUAACAUCUUGGAACCGCCGAAUAACAGAUACGAGAGUUGGAGCGAUGGCUGUGGCGUAAGAGUGAAGAAUGUGCAGAAAACGGACGAGGGUAGAUGGCGAUUGACGGCGACCAAAGGAAACGAUACUAUCACGGGAUGGUCGGAGGUACACGUACAAGCAGGUGUACCGGAAUAUACUGGGUCACCGAUAUCCAUUCGAGACGGUGAAUCACACACGCAAGUGGAGCUGACUAGCCUAAACAACGCGUAUUGUUUGGUCUCCCAACCUUUCUCGGAGAGUUCGUUGGUGCCUGGCCACUGCAGCGUGACCCUGGACCGUGCCACAAGAGCUAUUCAAGGGAACUGGAACGUACUCCUAGGUAUACCGGGUCAGGUAUCAGAGCUGCAUGUGGAAAGAAGAAUAACAGUGGAAGCCGAGCGCCUCAACACAGGUUACAUUCACGACACAGAGACAAACAAGGUGCAUCUGUACUGUAACAUAUUGCAUACGAAGAAAAAUAUAACUUUCUGUCGCUUUCAAAAAACAUCAGACACUAUAGGAUACAACAUAGUCGAUGGGCUGGGUGAUGGAGUACACAGUUACUACGGUGACGGCUUCCUGAAAAGACAUUGCGGUAUGACCAUCGAAGCUCCAACUGAGCAUGUGUUCGGUACUUGGCGAUGCACAGUGGGCGUUCAGGAGUGGGUUGGCACACAAAUCAGACAGAGCACUCCUUUCCAGGCCUUAAUCAAAGUCUUACGUUUCAAUUUAAAUAGUAAAAUUAGAAGAGAUUUCAAAACAGAGGAAACUAAAACGAGCACAGUGUUUGUGCAAAGGGAUACUAGUUUCACGGUGAUGUGCAGAGCAGAUGUCUCAUUAACAUACUGUUGGUUUAAACAUCCGAAUGGGUCUCAAUACACUCCGAUGCCGCGUGUCGAUGGUCAAGAGCAAGCGUUUUGGUAUUCAGGCGAAAGUCUUCAAACUGGAGAUUGUGGCAUAACUUUUUAUAAGGCCACAAACGAUGACGAUGGUGUUUGGACUUGCCACAUGGGUCCAAGAGAUCAGUUAGGAUUGGAAGUAACAGAUCUAGUCAACGUGCGUGUGACCGGCCCUUUAGCUGCCAAUACGAAAGAAGUGAAUGCGACGAUAGGUGCAAAUACAACGCUGUAUUGUCAUAGUUCAAAUGGAAACCGACCCUUAGAUUACUGCAGAUUUCUAACACCUAAAUUUGUUGGUAUCAGCUUGGACUCGACGGUUACAAAAGAGAAUGCCAUACUUAGUCGCUUCUAUUUCACACCUGGUAGAGACUUAGACUACGGUGAGUGCUCAUUGACGAUAGAUCCUGUAAUGCCAGAUGAUGUCGGCGAAUGGACCUGCGCGGCUCUCUUGCAUGAUGAGACACUCGAGUCUAGAGACACUAUCAUUCUUAAUAUUCGGCAUGAUUACUCAGCAACGUUUAGAGCGGACAUAUUUGGCAUGGCAGGAGGGGCGGUAGUCUUAGGCUUCGUUCUUGCUGGCAUAGCGUGGCAUAAUCGCGAUAAAAUUCGCAGGCGAUUUGCAUCUAGAAGCGUAAGAUCUGACGCCAUGUCACUCGAUGAGUUCGGUUGUGAGUCAACUACGAGUCGAAUUAGUUCGUCCAGUAUGACCAGUGGCAGUUCCAGUGGAAGCAGCUCUGUUAAUGGAAGAGCCUAAAUACAUUGCGUUAUACACUGUAUAUUUGACAUUUUCCGCGACAUGUUAUUGGUAAAUUUAGUUAAUUUAAUCAUCACUGUUAGUAGGAAGAUUUUUAGAAAUUGUAUCAAAAAUAAAUUUAUGAUAUAAUUA